AAGGCUGUGGGCAAAGUCAUCCCAGAGCUGAACGGGAAGCUCACGGGCAUGGCCUUCCGUGUUCCUACCCCCAACGUGUCCGUCGUCGAUCUGACAUGCCGCCUGGAGAAAGCUGCCAAGUAUGACGACAUCAAGAAGGUGGUGAAGCAGGCAUCCGAGGGCCCACUAAAGGGCAUCCUGGGCUACACUGAGGACCAGGUUGUCUCCUGUGACUUUAACAGUGACUCCCACUCUUCCACCUUCGAUGCUGGGGCUGGCAUUGCUCUCAAUGACAACUUUGUAAAGCUCAUUUCCUGGUACGACAAUGAAUUUGGCUACAGCAACAGAGUGGUGGACCUCAUGGCCUACAUGGCCUCCAAGGAGUAAGAAGCCCACCCUGGACCACCCAUCCCAGCAAGGACACAGCAAGAGAGGCCCUCGGCUGCUGAGCAGUCCCUGUCCUAACUAACCCUUGACACUGAGCAUCUCCCUCACAGUUUCCAUCCCAGACCCCCAGAAUAGCAGGAGGGGCUUAGGGAGCCCUACUCUCUUGAAUACCAUCAAUAAAGUUCAUUGCA